AAACACACAUGUAAGACCUUCUCCUGUGUUGUCUGUGAGCUUCUUCUUCCACCCUCACACAUACACACCAACCUCCUGUCUCUGCACUGAGGACACCCCUGUGUGUGUGAGAGAGACAGAGUGGGUCCAACUAUUUGUCCUGGAUCUUUAAUCCCUUUCAUCAAGAACAAGCCUCACUGAGCCUCCACUCCUCAUCUCACCGGGACGAAAACAUGACCGACUCAACAACCAACAUGCGGCUGAAGCUGCCCAUCACCUGCUUCAUACUCGAGAUCAUCCUCAUCAUCCUCUUCGGCGUGCUGGUGCAGUACGACCAUGAGACAGACGCAAGGGAGUGGCAUAAACAGAAUCACUCUGACUAUGAGAAUGACUUCUACUACCGCUACCCAAGUUUCCAGGACGUACAUGUGAUGAUCUUCAUCGGUUUCGGCUUCCUCAUGACCUUCCUGCAGCGCUACGGCUUCAGCAGUGUGGGAUUCAACUUCCUCAUCGCAGCCUUCGCUUUGCAGUGGGCCACACUCAUGCAGGGUUUCUUUCAUGGCAUGCAUGGAGGCAAGAUCCACAUCGGGGUGGAGAGUAUGAUCAACGCUGAUUUCUGCACCGGCUCUGUGCUGAUCUCAUUUGGAGCUGUUUUGGGUAAAACCAGCCCAGUUCAGCUGCUGAUCAUGGCAAUGUUCGAGGUCACGCUCUUCGCGGUCAAUGAGUUCAUCCUGCUGUCCCUUCUGGGAACCAAGGAUGCUGGAGGCUCCAUGACAAUCCACACGUUCGGAGCCUAUUUUGGCCUGAUGGUGACCCGAAUCUUAUACCGGCCCAACCUGGACAAGAGCAAACACAGGAACAGCUCAGUCUACCACUCUGACCUGUUUGCUAUGAUCGGUACCAUCUACCUGUGGAUGUUCUGGCCCAGCUUCAACUCUGCAAUCACGGCUCACGGAGACGACCAGCACCGCACAGCCUUGAACACCUACUACUCCCUGGCAGCCUGCACUCUGUCCACUUACGGCAUGUCCGCCCUCACAGCUCACGAUGGCAAGCUGGACAUGGUCCACAUUCAAAAUGCUGCCCUGGCUGGUGGAGUCGCAGCAGGAACAGCUGGUGAAAUGAUGCUGACGCCUUUCGGCUCCAUGAUUGUUGGUUUCUUGGCAGGAAUCAUCUCUGUUCUGGGCUACAAGUACCUCUCACCCAUCCUGGAGGAGAAGCUGAAGAUCCAAGACACCUGCGGGGUUCACAACCUGCACGGCAUGCCUGGCAUCCUGGGUGCUAUUGUGGGAGCAGUCACUGCUACUGUGGCAACCACAGAUGUUUAUGGCAACGGCAUGGAAGACGUGUUCCCUAUGAUCGCAGGAGGAAAAACCGCAUCUUUCCAAGGUGGUAUUCAGGGCAUUUCCCUUGCUGUCACUCUGGGCAUCGCCCUGCUGGGAGGCCUUAUUGUUGGUUUCAUUUUGAAGCUGCCCAUCUUUGGCCAGCCUCCUGACACCAUCUGCUUUGAGGACAGCAUCUACUGGGAGGUGCCCGGAGAGGAGGCGAGUCAUGAGGACCAGAUGACCGCUGUGAGGACGGAGGAGACCGAGAAGCUCAACAGUUAGACGCACACACUGUGAGGUUUUAACAUCCUAGCACUUGACACCCUGUAGUUUUUUUAAAAAAAACAAAAAAAAAUGAACCUUCAUUGUGCUCAUGUCAACUGCCAAACUGUGUGUUAUAAAUGUAAAAAUUAGAAAGUUGACCUUUUUUUUUUUUUUUAAACUCUCAAAAUUUAAAAUAAAAAUCUCUUAAUGCUCAUGGACAGCUUCAACCACUAGAGGCUGAUCUGGAGCUACAUUACUCUGUGCUGCAGGCCUGUGAAAAGGCUGCAUUGGGAAAUGAUGUGUCUGUUUGUUGAAACAUGUUUUCUAACUGUCUCCUAAACCAAGCCAAGACAAGGACACAGAACUUCAUGUAAACAGCCAUUUUAAACCAAAGACGAAGCUCUGAAGACAGAAUAUCUUCAUUUAAUAAACAAAAAGGCCCGAGUGGGAAACAGAUUUUAAAAUAUAGGUUACAUUUUAUAGUAAAGACAUUUUGUUUAUUCUAUUUUCUUUAUUUCAAAUAAAGAAUUUCAUGCAAAAACAAUGCAGAGGCAUAUGCAUUUUCUCCUCGUAGUUUAGGGAUUUGGGGGUUUUCUGCAAUUUUAUAUUUCAUAUUAAACUGUAUAUGAUUAGUUAGAAGAGAAAUGCUACUGUUGUAUUAGAUAUGUACCUUUAUGUAUUUUUGUGUUGGAUUUCAGUAACACCCAACAGUUUUUUCUUGAUUGGCCUAAGUUGAAUUGGGAAUAAAUGGUAGCUGCAUUAAAUGUUUGAAACUGUGUUAUAUAAAAUUAUUUUGAAACACAACAUCAGAUUAUUUUUUGACAAAGUAAACUGUUCUAAAGUUGA